CAAAUUAAUAUAUUUAUAAAUUCGAAUAGAUUUUAUCUGUAUAGUACUACUACUCACCAUAAAUAAUGAACUAAUGGAAAAUGCUUGGACUAUUCAAUAAAUUCUUCUUUUCUUGCAUUUUCAACUCAAUCUUUAUCUCAUGCUUUCGUCUUCGUCUUCGUCAACGGUGGAGCAACCAUCACGUGGCGGAAGUCCGGGAAUCAACGCCGUGUCCUCCGAUGUUUUACGGUCUAACAUCCUAACCCGCCUCGACGGUUCCUCUCUCGCCGCCCUAAGCUGCACGUGCUCCAACCUAAACUCUUUUUGCUCCGACGAGUCCCUCUGGAGGCAACAAUGUUCCGCUACAUGGCCUUCUACCUCGGAUACACGUGUCCAAAGCAUCAUCUCAACGUUCCCCGACGGUCACCGGACGUUUUUUUCCGAUUCCUUUCCGUUUCUUGAACAUGAUGUUGGGAUCAAUCUCCCACCGUCCGUUGAUACCUCGGAGUUAAUCUCAGCCGUUGAUAUAUUCUACAAAGAUGACGUGAUUUUCUCAAGGGUUCAUGUUACAGAGACAGUCUCUGGUUGGUUCCUUUGCUCACCUAUGCGUGUCGAUCUUGUCGAACCGAAAGAACUAAUUCCGACCAGAGUUUUGGUUACGGACCAAUGUAAGGAUGACACGUGGAAAAGUGACUUGGAAGAGAAUCUCUCCUUGAGCUGGAUACUCAUUGACCCGACAUGUAAACGUGCGGCGGAUGUAUCAACCCGUAAACCUGUCUCGGUGCACCGUCAUUGGUUAACCGGAGAAGUCCACGUAAAAUUCUCCUCUAUUUUUGUCGUGGGCAACAAGAAAAGGUCGGAGCAAGUGGAGUUCACUGUAACGGUGGUGCUGGCGGUGUUUAACCGGAGGGAAGAGGAGACAGCAGUGAUGCAGAUAAGAGAGGUGAGCCUAGUAGCAGAGGACAAGGAUGGGAGGAAUUUAGGAGGGAAGGUUAGUUUGGAAAUUUUGGUGGCGGCCAUGGGGAUGAAACGUAGGUUUAGGGCGGGAGGGGAAGAAGAAGGGAAAGAGAAGUACAUAGAAUAUAUGGAGAGGAAGACCGCGAAGGCGGAGAUGAAGUGGCGGCGAGGGAAAGAAACGGCUAUGGAGACGGCGGCGUGCUGGAUCGCCGUCCUCUUACUUGGUUUCCUUUUGUGUUUUUAUCUGUUUAUGCAUAAAAAUUUAGUAGCUAUUAUGAAAAAACUAAUAAAAUAGUUAAAUAAUAUGUUUUGAUUCAAAACUUCAAUGGAAUUGCUUUAUUCAAAGAGG